AUGACAAUCUCUAUUAGUAGUUUGGCCUGGUGGACCAGGAAGGGUAAGACCAAAGAUCAGAUUUCUAAAGCCUCUGCAGAAUAUAGUUUUGUUGAAAAAAAAUAUACGAGUCAAUCUCAUAAGAAAGUUAGCAAUGAUGGAAAAGUGAAGAAAGUGUACGAGGAAUAUGGUGAUGUUGUGUUGGUGUCAUACGAGGAUGAUCGUUGCAGUGAUGAUUGUUGGAGUGAUUGGUGCUUGUUUGAUUGUGAAUCUGAUGACCUAGAUUGGUCCAUUGGGUGGUUGGAACCUCUUCGUUCUAAUUUUGUAAGCAAUGAUGAUGGGGAUGAUUUUGCAGUGCUGGUUCCUAGUUAUACAGCUAGGUGCAAGGAAGUGAGGGUCUCAAACAAGGGCACUUUGGAUGUGAUCAAGAAUCUCUCUAAAGAUUGUUCUUCUGAUUAUGGAGAAGCUGGUAGGUAG